GUUUUGUGGCAGGGCUGUGGGGGGCUUGACUCGCUGUGUCCGUGGGCAGGGGUCACGGCCGGACCCCCCAUCCCCGUGCCUUAUGAAGCUGCGGGACAGCCCCUCCGCCUGCCCGUCGCUGUGGCGGUCCCUGCGCUGCCCGGCGGCCGAGCUGCGCCUGGACCUGGUGCUGGCGUCGGGACAGACCUUCCGGUGGUGGGAGAGCAGCCCCGGCGCCUGGACCGGCGUCAUGGGUGGCCGCGUGUGGACGCUGAGGCAGGACCGGGACCGCCUCUGGUACACGGUGUAUGGCGAGGAGGAGGAGGAUGAACGUCCUGCCGAGGCAGCGAAACUGGACAGUGCUGAGAUGGACCAGAUCCUGCGUGACUACUUCCAGCUGGACGUGGGGCUGCGGGGCCUGUACCGCACCUGGGGGGCUGCCGACCCCCUCUUCCAGAGCGUGGCCAAAGACUUCCCAGGGGUGCGGGUGCUGCGGCAGGACCCCGUGGAGUGCCUCCUCUCCUUCAUCUGCACCUCCAACAACCACAUCUCACGCAUCACCACCAUGAUCGAGCGCCUGUGCUGCGCCUUUGGCCGCCGCCUCUGCUGCCUCGAUGCCCGGCCCGUCCACGCCUUCCCCUCCCUCUCGGCACUCACAGGCGUGGAUGCUGAGGCCCGGCUGCGGGCGCUGGGCUUUGGUUACCGGGCCAAGUUUGUCAGCGGGAGCGCGCGGGCCGUCGCUGAGGGGCUGGGUGCCGAGGGACUGCGCCAGCUGCGGGCCGUGCCCUACGCCGAGGCCAGGAGGGUGCUGUGCGCCCUGCCCGGCGUGGGCACCAAGGUCGCCGACUGCGUGUGCCUGAUGGCCCUGGACAAGGCGGAAGCGGUGCCGGUGGACACCCACGUCUGGCACAUCGCCCGGCAGCGCUACGGCGCGGCGCUGGGCGGCAGGAGCCUGACCCCACGGGCCCACCAGCAGAUCGGCGACUUCUUCCGGGGGCUGUGGGGCCCCCGUGCCGGCUGGGCGCAGGCCGUCCUCUUCUGUGCUGACCUCCGCAAGGGCCAGGAGCUGGCUGGCAGCCGGGAGCGGGCCUGGGGGGGCCGAGGCCGUGGCAACCAUAGGGAUGGGCCCCACUAGGGACACCUGGGAGGGACAGAGCCCCUGGCUCUGCAGCCUGGCAGAGCGCUGUGCUCACUGCCCAGCCAGGACCCCUGCCUGCCUGUCCCCUGCCUGCUGCGUGCCCUGGGCAGUGAAGCUUGGGGGGACAGAGCUGGGCUCGCCCCCGCCCAGGGCAGAGCUGAGCCAAGUGCUGUUGGCCUCUUGCCUUUAUUACAAGCAAUAAAAUAGAAA